CUCCACUGAAUGGCAUUUCCGACUAACCGGCCGUGACGAAGACGGGUUCACGGGAGGAAAAAAAGGCGAAUUGGGCAGUACUGAUGUACUGUGCAGCACGAAAGAGCAAGAGGAUGUGGUUAUUUCGGUGCCUGAUCGGGCGCUAGGUGGAAGAUUUUGUCUCAUUUCCUUGAAAGUGCCAAGCUUGACUGUGGGAAGGGAUAGCAACCCAGCUUUCCUCCUCGUCAACCUUCUUGCUCCUUCCUUUCCAUCCUCAUUGUUCCUUUCUCCUUGCACGUUGCCGCCACUUUCUCCAGCUUCUUCUGACCUCGCAUAACGCUGCACGUCCGACUUGCUUCGAGCUUGAUAAGGAAAAUGGCGGCGGCAGCUUCUAUGGAGACGGCAGCCGUUGGGGCCGACCCGACAAGAGAACGGUCGCGAUGGAGUUCCUUGUUCGGGGGCAGCGGCAUCAAGCGUAUUGGCGCAAAGAGAUCGAGAAAACAGCGGGAACAGCCAGACACGGGGUCAGAGGAUGACGUCGAUCAGCUUGCGGUCGGUGAGGGGCUACCAGCGAGGAACGAGAAGAGCUCGUCGCCCGCUGGGUCAUUGGAAGCGCCAGCGAGACGAGGGUCCAAGCAGUCGUCUCUGCAGGAGGACGGGCCUGCUCCUGGUCCUUCGUCGGACCAAGACGAGAUCACCGCUGCAGCAGCGCAUGGGACAGAAGAGAACGACGACCAGGACCAAGUGACUGUGGACCGCAUCCACUUCUACAGACGCGACCAGGCGUACUUCUGGCUGAGCAACUCCUCCGACCAUGCCGUCUAUCUCGAUGGCAUCAGAUACCCCACAGCAGAGCACCUGUUUCAGUCGCUCAAAUUCCUGCCCCAGCGGCCCGACAUUGCAGCCAAAGUGCGCAAAGCCUCAACACCCGUCGACGCUAUUCGAGAAGCACGCAAGAACAUCUCUGACGUGAAGCGAGGGUGGAUCGGCAAGGGGCUCAACGUGGCCGCGAUGCGUGAGGUGCUCCUGCUCAAGUUCAGCCAGCACUCUGCACUCCGGCGCCAGCUCCUCAUGACGGGCGACGCCGAGCUCGUCGAGGCGAGCCCUACCGACGCCUUCUGGGGCAAUGCCAGUGGCAACGGAGGAAUUGCCGUCGGCAGAAACGAACUGGGAAAGGCGCUGCAAAAGACGCGCGAGACUAUUCGUGCUCAGGCCGGCUUGGGCAUCGGCAGUGGCGCUGUGACGGUAUAGGAAGGACGGUUAGCUUCAAUGACUCGCACAUACACAACUUGUUCUCGAUCUCUUCUUCAUUGCAUCUUGCUCCAUGUACCUGCUACCUGCUACCGAUCUCAGCAUCAAUGAAUCAUUGGCCUCACGGAGCCGCUUUCUAGC